ACAGCUGUAGGGUCGGCUGAAUGAGUACGACAUGUACGGAGCGCCCAGGGUCUGUCGCUAGGUCCCUGUCUCCCAUCCAGUCGCCACCCCGCUCUCCUCACCCUUCUCCCCGGUCUCCUCAUCUCCUCACUCCUAACUCAAGACCCUCUUCACGGCCUAACUCUCGACCAAACUCAAGGCCUAACUCAAGGCCUAAUUCUCGACCUGCCUCUCCUGUUCAUUCUAACUGCAGUGACUGCAGUAUCUGUGUUGAAUUAGCUGGUGAUAAUCACAAAGAUGGUAGUAAGAGGGGAAAUGUAGCCCUCAUUGCACAGGCUAUAUUGUCGCCAAUGUUUGGGAGGAAAGCUAAGAAAAGUGAAGCUAAUGGAACUUGUGAGCGAAGUGCGCUGCAGAGUCCGUUACUAAAACGAUCUGACAAGGUUACUAACGGGGGUAUGACUAACGGAACUAACGGACACCACCACCACCAUGAGAACGGUGAUGAGAAGCCGACCAACAACGGGCUUCUCGGGGGAGAUUCUGGAGCUGUCACUUCCUCUAGCUCUCCCAAAGACAAGAAAUCUUCUAAAUGGAGGUUAAAACUAAAAACAAAUUCAAGCGAGGAUAAAGGAGAUAAGAGUAGCGAGACAAGUUCGUACUCUUCGCUCGAGAGUGGAUCUGCGAAGAACAAUGAAGGUUCUAGAACAGACAACAAAAGGAAGAAAAUGGAGAAAACUAAGAAAUCUCACUCUAGGGGCAGCAGCUUUGAUUAUCGGCUUUUCAAGGAUAUGUUCAAGAUUUCACUGCCGAGGUCUUUGUCUGCUGGGGAAUUGGGGAAGAAGGAAGAAAAUUCAAUAGCGGAAGUUGUGGAUGAGGAAGAUAAAAAGGCUAUGAAAUCUUCAAAAUCUUCUUUAAAACUUAAGAACAGCUUCAAGGCACAGUUUAAGUCUAGUAAAACUAAUUGUAGUGACAUACCUGACGGGGAAUCCGGCUUGUCGUCUUUACAGGGUAACGGUUUGGUUGGUCUGAAGAAUCUGGGAAAUACUUGCUUCAUGAACAGUAUCCUGCAGUGUCUGUCACAUUCUGCCCUGGUCCGGGAAUACUUCCUGUCCAAGAAAUAUAAGAUGGAUUUGAGUAACACCAGUAAAAUGCAGGGUCGCCUUGCUGAAGAGUUUGCGAGCCUGUUAAAUGACAUGUGGUCGGGAAGACACGAUACAGUUUCACCGAACAAGUUCAAAUCCGCUGUCGCAAAAUCAGCUCCCCGCUUUGUUGGCUACAGUCAGCAGGAUUCUCAAGAAUUCCUUCGUUUCUUCAUGGAGGGUCUUCACGAGGAUCUGAACACAGGGAAGAAGGGAAAAAGAAAGAUAGAAGAGCCCCCCAAAGGAUAUACAGACCUUCAGCUGGCCGAACAUCGGUGGAAUGGGUACACAUCAUACGAUAACAGUACUAUUGUGGACAUAUUCGUGGGUUUACUCAAAAGCACUCUGACCUGCAGUGUCUGUGAUCACAAAUCUGUCACUUUCGACCCAUUUUGGGACCUUUCGCUGCCUCUGCCCCGGUCCAAGAGUUCUGGGCUUAACCUACUGUCUUGUUUUGCAGAAUUUACACAGGAGGAAAUUCUAGACGGAGACGAGAAGCCGACGUGCGAAAACUGCAAAAAGAGGCAGAAAUGCACCAAACAGUUUUCAAUAGAAAGGUUUCCGCCAAUAUUAGUGUUGCAUCUCAAGCGCUUCUCCGAGGUUCGGUACAGAACAAAGCUGUCUACAAAAGUGGACUUCCCAAUAGAAAACCUCGAUCUGUCCGACUUGUCGUCCCAUUCACAUUCUUGCACCCCAAAAUACGAUCUGGUUGGAGUGUCUAAUCACAGUGGGAACACCUUUAGUGGGCAUUAUAUCGCGUACUGCAAAGUUGGCAGUCGGUGGCACCGGUUCAGUGAUUCAUCGGUGUCAAGUAUAUCGAGAUCAGACAUCGUCUCCUCGGAAGCGUAUGUUCUUUUCUACGAAAGACAACGACCAAGCUAGAUGUCGAGAGCUGAACUUUACAAUAAUGUUCGUCACGUUACAUUUAGUCAGAGAUUUAUACACCACAGAAUAAAAUGCUCCUUCUUUUGGUCAAAUCAAGCAUUAUUUCGGAAAAUUGGACUUAGAAAUCUGGGUGAAGACUGUCCCCUUUGAGAUUUUCGAGAUUUUCAUUUUGUAUGUACCACGUUGGAAGUCUUGAUUGGAAGAGCUUGGAUCCAGAUACAGUGUUAUUCCCAUAGAACGGGUUAGGUUAUUGUAAUAAUGUCUGCAAGCACUAAGAGAACUUCUUAUAAUUUUAAAUCAGAUAGCUAAUUAUUAUGAGUGACAGAUUUUGGAGAUUGAAUCAUUAUGAAAAUCUAGGAAUAGUUUGAUUUGAUGACUAUUAUAAGUUUUGCGAUCUUGUAUGAAAAGUAAAAGUUUCAUUGAAUUAAUAACUGAAUUCAAGGUUCAGUGUGUUGUAUUGUAGAAAAUAUAAAAUAUUUCUAGAUUAAGAGUUCUAUAUUUUUUUAGGAAUACGUUGUAAGUGAUCGACAUUUUUUGGUAAAAUCUUGUAUAAGAAGUAAUAAGUUUUGAUUUCUAUGUGAUUCGCAAAUGCAAGAUUCUUUCGAUGGCGGCUGUAUGUCGUAUGAGUAUAAUCGUGAACAAGGCUGAGCUUCAAAAUUACAUUGCAGAACAUUUAAACUAGACUCAGCUUUCAGAAUUAUGAUGCAGAACAUUUAAAUUCAAUUUUUUGAGAUCCUGGACUGAAACUACAUCGUGGAGUUUCUAUAUGCCGUCCUCGGUCCUCCAAAUUAUGCAACCUAAUAUUCAAGCUGCUGUAAAAAUUUCAUACGGUAAUGACGUUAUUUUAUACUUGACAGUAGACAGCCAGCCCCCGACGGCAACCGCCCGUUUAUACGAGGUUUAUGGUUGUGAGGCUACAUCUGAUGCGGUCAAGAGCAUUUUUGUAAAAUACAUACUAGCUGACUUACAUCGUCCAUGUCUUUAUCUAUUGGUUUUGAGGAUAUGAACGCGUAUUUUUGUGAAGAAUGUAAGAAUGUAGGACGAGGUUUGCCAAUUUUAUGGCGAUUUUAUCUUUUCCGACAAAACAUGAA